UGCGCGGAGCCGGGCGCACGGGGCGGGCAGGGUUCGGGCACCGGGCACCAUGGGCAGCGGCCGCUGGAAGCUGCCCGCUUGGCUGGGGACGAUGCUGCUGCUGCACGUGGCUGUGGCCGAGGAUCCGGUGAGCACGGCUGGGCGGAGAUGUGACGCUAUCUACAAGGGCUUUGCCGAAUGCCUCAUCAGCCUGGGGGACAGCAUGGCCCAGAGCGUCCAGAAGCAGCAGCAGGACAGGCAGGAACUGGACACCAUCUGCAGGUCCUGGGACGACUUUCACACCUGCGCCAGCGGGGUCUUGUCCAGCUGCCCUGAUGAAGCUGCUGCCAUCUGGGAGUCACUGCGCCAGGAGUCCAGGAAGAUCCAGUUCCAGGGGAACCUGCAUGACCUGUGCAGUGCACGGGCCAGGCCGCCUGGCAGCGUGCGGGGCUCAGCUGGGGACGAGACUAACAAGGAGACCCUGCGGGGCUCAGCCUGGCUCCCCCGGCCCAGCCUGCUGGCCGUCCUGCCGCUCCUGGUGCUCACAUCACUGCUGAUGCCCUUCGUCUAGCCAGGGAGCCGUGGCCAGGCACCACCUGCCAGCACCCGGCACAGAUUCUCGCAGGGCUGGGCACCAGCUCUGUGAGAGAGAUCAGGGUUAGUCUGUAAAUCCCCUGCGCCAGGAGCUGUGGGCACCAGAGCCUGCUGCCCACAUGGUGUUUCCAGCCUCUUUCAAGCCAGCUGGGGUCUAUGGGGCACUCAGAGGCCGGGUUCCCCUGGCACAGCUUGGGGCCAGGGGCAUUGUGUCCCAUGGGGCGAAUGAGGCUGGAGCCCCCGGGGUCCUGCGUUUCCAGGGAGAUCUGGACCACAAUCACUGAGCUCCCUAUCGCCCUGUGCACACUACUCUCCCUCAGAGAUCGGCCUGAUCCUGGCCCCACUUCCCUCGGUCCUGCCUGCACUGGCAGCUCUCCUGUGCCCCCCACACCACCCAAUGGGGUUGCUUUUCACCUGGGCCUGUCUCAGUCCCCAAGCUGGAUCUUUGGAAACAUGCUCAGCCCAUGACUCCUCAGGCUGGCUGCCCCAGGGCACCGAGCACCCGCCCUUCCUUUAAUUAACACCACUGGACUUGGGGGGGCAGGGAAGGGGUUGGCUUUUACUGCCACACAAAUAUUCUUUAGUUGACUUAAACUUAGACACAUUAGAUGUCUUCAAGUCACCAGGGACUGAUGAAAUCAUAGACUAUCAGGGUUGGAAGGGUGAAGUCAUCUAGCAGAACCAAUCCCCAGUUUUUGUCCCAGAUCCCUAAAUGGCCCCCUCAAGGAUUGAACUCACAACCCUGGGUUUAGCAGGCCAAUGAUCAAACCACUGAGCUAUCCCCACGUGCGAAGAGUGACCAAGCCCAUGUGGGUGUUGGGUCUGCCUGUCUCUGAAGGCCGUGCUUUUAUUCUCUGUGCUGGACCCAUUCAGAUGUAUCUAUAUUUAUAUUAAAAGACACUUUUACAUUUCA